AUGGUAGAGAAAAGUGAACUUCCUGAGGAUGUCUUUGAUAUUAUAUCCAAGAAACUAGAUUUUGAUGACCUCUUUCAGUUUGGUGGAGUGUGCAAGAGCUGGAGGAUAUUUCACAAAAGUUACUUGAGAGAUUUGAUGGCAUCCCAAGAACCAUUAGUGGUCCAAACAUCAUUUCUCAUGCAAGCUUAUUCUUUCUUUAGCAUACCUGAACAAAAAGUGUAUGGCUCGGUGCGAAAUUGCUACUUGAGUGAGUUUUUCUAUUCAGGGUCUUCCUGUGGAUAUGUGAUUAUGGUUGGUAUUUCAAACAACAAACUUCUUCUAAUGAAUCCUUUUGUGAGAAGAAAGGUGGAAAUCAAUAUGUCAGCACUUAAUGGUAACAUAGAAUAUUUGGGUUGCAAUGCCUUAUUUGCUUUUGCAAAAGGUUCAGAGGAAUUCAUCGUAGUGGUUUCAGGUAAAUAUUUUCAAUGUUUGCAUAUCUAUGAAUCUCGAAAUUCUUGUUGGGUUACUUGUUCUGCACAGGGAGAACCUUGGACAGUAGUUGACUUUGUGGUUUUUGAUAACACCAUAUAUGCUAUCACUAACAAGGGUGAGAUAGGAGUAUUGAGGCUGAAUUCUCCAACUUUGAAAUUUCUAAAAUUGAAGAAUAUUCCCAAGAUAAUUGGCCUUAUUCUUAAGUUGGUUAGUUGUGAUGGGCAACUUCUAGUGGUUAAUUUUGCAUCUAUGGAAAGAUUGGAUGUAUACAAGAUAGAUUUCUCAACCAUGGGUUAUGUGAAGAUGGAAACAAUGGGAGACAUUGCAUUGUUUUUUGGGUGGACGAAGUGCUAUGCAUUGAGCAAUCCAAGUAGGUGGGGAUAUGAUAGCAACUCUUUGUACUUUGUUAAUCGUUCAACUGCGGGAGGGAGUGUGUAUUCAGAGGAUAUGAAACCAAAGAAAUCAAUUUUACCUUCGAGACCUCCACCUAGUGAUCUUAGAUCAUCUCUCCACUGGUUGGACUGGUGUUUCAAGCGUCAUGACCAGGUAGAUUAUUCUGUGGUUCACUAA